GCGAUAUGUCCAUUGAAUUACCUCCCUUGUCAAAGUUACCUCGGACCAAUCGGAGAACGUGUUACAAAAGAGUUGCAAGGACGAAGAGAUAGUCACGAAGAAAAGCUUUUUGCUGGAUUUCGGCAUGCUACACAGAGGACACAGUUACAUUCAUAUGGACAUAUAACUUUAGCCACGAUGACAACAGAGCUGCCAGCUAACACAAUGACCUUGCGACAACAACAGGAGCAGCAGGCUAGCAUGGACCUGUCCAACUACAUGGAUAUUGUGACCACUUAUAAGUGUCGCUUCUGUGCCUUCACCAGCACAGCACCACAGACAAUUGGCCUCCACAUCCGCCAGGUCCACGUUACACAAGCCGAGUUUAUGUCACAAGGGACAGCCAGCAACACAACUGAGGCUAAAGAUACAAAGGAUACAGAGAACAAUGUAACCACUACCAGCAUUUUUCCAGAUGCAAAUGUUAAUGGUGUACAGGAUGUGUCUGAGCAAACUGUCACUAACCAAAUGACACCAGUAAUGACUAAUUUUGUUGAUAUGGAAACGUCAGCUGUUUCUGUCUUACCACUGUCUAUGGAAACAACAACAGCUGAUGCCAUCUUACAACUGUCAUCAAGACUGCCUGACAACAAUGGCGAUGUUGAUGAUGGUACAUUGUCUGAGAAAAGCAACUCCAAUGAUGAUACAAAUAUAACUCACUUUGUCACCGUCCAUGAGGAAGAGCAGGAUGAAGAAAGUUUCACCACUGAUCCUACCAUCAUUGAACAGACUUUUCCACAGGUCCAAAGCAACACGCAGCCUGUCAUGACAACAGGGGAAUCCCAGACUGCAAUAGAAAUUCCUUUGGAGUCUGAAUCGUUGAUACUGACUGAUGCCACCCAUCAGAAGUCAGCUCCCAUCACAAGGGAAUUAUUUCUGUGUGGCCAGUGUAGUAUCGGAUUUAAUAGUAUUGAUGAGUGUCGUGCCCACAUGAUGGAAGAACACUCUGAGAUCACUAACAGAGUGGAGGAGGAAAGUGAGCUUUCACAUCGUGUGAGUGUGGGAACUCAGGUGGAGACUUCGAGACGUGGCAAGAAACGAAAAACAGUAACAAAGUCCACGUCCUCAUCACCACCUUAUGCGCUGGACUCGGACCCAGACCUGGAUUGGGAUGAUCAAGAAGAGUAUAGGCCACGUGCCAGUCGGUCUCGUAGAAAGAUCCGACCUCCAAGGGCUCUAAAGGAAGAUUAUUAUCUUGGUAAAAGUAAAGUAAAAGAAAAACCUAAAGUUAUGCAAGGGUUUAAACUGAAAUGUGACGAGCUUGGUUGUAGUUCAAAGUUCAGGACAAAGGAGGCACUCCAGGUGCAUUUAAAAUGUCACAUGACUGAUGUUUUUGAAUUUAAAUGUCCAGAAUGUGAUAAGACAAAUGAGACAUGGAAACAGAUUCGUAUGCACCUGUGGAAGGUUCAUGAAAUUGAUACAGACCUGCUGACUUGUGAUAUUUGUGAAAAAUUUAAAACCGACACCAUGAGUCGCUUGAUGAUCCACAAGGAGAUUCACAGUGUUGACCGGCCCUACACUUGUGACAUCUGCGGUAAGGGCUUCAAACAGUUCUGCCAGAUGAAAAACCAUCAGACCAUUCAUGGAGAACACCAGGAUGAUGAUCCAAAGAAAUGGUAUCGCCGUAAGGAAUGUCACAUCUGUAAACGCCAGUAUGCCAACCAGAAGUGCCUUAUCAAGCAUAUUGAGGCUGUACACAGUAAGAUUAAGCCAUAUGUUUGCCCCUACUGUGGUCACACUGCUGCACGUAAGGCCAUGAUGGAGCUCCACAUCAGGACUCAUACCGGCGAGAAACCAUUUAAGUGUGACAACUGUCAGUAUGUGACGGGUGACCACAAUUCCCUGCGUCGUCACAAGAUGCGACAUUCUGGCCAGAAACCUUAUAAGUGUCAGUUUUGUGGAUAUUCAUGUAUACAGGCUAUUUCCAUUAAGAUGCAUAUGAAGAAUAAACACCCAGGAGGCAAUAUUGGUGUCUUCUGCUGUGACAUUUGCACAUUCCGUACUGUCAAUGAGGUUAGCUUUAAAGGUCAUAUGGAAGACCAUAAAAAUGGUUUGAUUAUUGAAAAUGCUCCACCCCUUCCACAACAAACACGUCCACACAUUAUUAUACAGCAACCGGCAAUCAGUUCACAAUUCCAGCAAGGAGCAAAAAUGGAAAAGGUCACAGUGCAAGGUGCAACCAAUAUGAAAUUUGGUGAGACUCUGAAUUUCCAGGGUUUAGGUCAAAUUGAGGGUCAAACUGUUGAGGAGCAUGUGGUUGAAGUUCCAAUGAGCAGAAUGGUAGAUAAUCAGCUUCAGAUGCAGAUUCAGACUUCAGAAUCUGGAGAGACUCAGAUUAGUGAGGAGGAUUUAACAAGACUGUCUAGUUAUGAAGGCCUAGUACCUUCUGACUUAUCUGCUGCACAGCUAGUUCUAUCAGCCCUAAAUGCCAUUUCUUCACAGAAUUCUGAACAAACCAACAAUGAAACACCACAGAUCUUGAAUGGCGUAGAAACAUCUAUAAUGUCAUCAGAUAUCAAAGAUGGAGUAACUACACAUACGAUCACGUUUCACAUGCCUGCUUCAGCUGCUGAAAAUGUGGUGGGUGCCACAGAGACUAUUACAGAUGUAAUGUCUGCUGACAAUGUGGUUGAUAUAACAGACUCGUUAGGGUCCCUAAAGGGGGUAGAUGGGACCACCAAUGUAGAGAACGGAAUGCUGAUCCUCUCAGGCCAGCCAGUCACUUUAAACCCUGUGAUCCUAAACAGUGACCAGACUAGUAGUGCUACCAUACAGGAUCUGGCUCAGGUCAGCUGUCUGAUGGUUAACCAGUAACAAGUGUGCAAUCAGAAUAAGUUGUCAGUUGAAAUAUUAGACCAUAAAAUGAUGCCUAUAUAUUAAAACAAGUAUCGGAAGCAUGAACGAUGAUUCCAUUGUACUAGAAUGUUGUGUAGAUCUGACCAAGGCCUCUGUGUAUUCUUUACACUUAAUCUGAUAUCUAUUGAAUUACCUUCUGUCUGUUUACAAGAUCUUAAUAUUUUUGUGGGGAGUAGAUGGAAUCAAUCUUAACGGCUCAGAUAUAACUGGUUUAAGAUGACAGUUGGCGAGUCUGUUAACUGGUACACUUCAACACUACAAGUCUACAGAUAUCCAUAAUACAUGUAUUUAAAUCAAUAUCAAGAUUUAUAUUUAUUAUCUUCCAGUAUGUUGUGGUUCUCAAAGAGUUAAAUCUAUCUAAAUUUAUAUGAUAUAAUAGGGGAAAACAUGGCUUAUAAAUAAGUACCUACCUCCAUCGUUUGCUGUGAGACAGUUAGAGAAUAAGUAUUAACCUUGGUGUUUUAUUCAACAGUAUAAUGUAAGAUUUCAUCUCAAGUAAUCUGAAGGUUUCUGAUUGUAGGCCUGAUCAGUGCAACAAUGCAUAUUUUCAACAUAGAUGAACUUGGUAGUGUGUUUUCAGAUUUGACGGAGGUACAUUAGAAAAUGGACAUUUCUUGGUUAUGAAAUGUUAUCACUAUUUUGGGAUUUUUCAAAAAUACUGUCCAUAGUAAACAUGAUGUGUUAAGACCACUGACUGUCAUAUUAUAACAUCAGUUCCAUAACGAAGACAUAAGGAAGGAGUGUAGCUCAACAUUCAACAGCUUCAAAACUUUAGGUAAAUGAUUAGACUUUAAUUAUUUGCCGACCGGUUUCGCCAGUCACGGCUUGUCAGAUUGUAAUAAAGAUAAAAGCAUGAUUUGUAACAAAGAUCUAUUUUCAAUGAUCUUUUAAUCAUUUGGAAAGUACAAGCCAGAAAGAAAGGAUCAAUCAGAAAGACUUUUCAUCAUCAACAGGCGAAGUAGAGACUAAAGAUGUAUAGUAUACCACAAUCAUUAGUAUAAGUUUGUUUUGUAUUAUUAUGUAUGUUUGAAAUAGUUCUAGUCAAUACAAUUUGUAGACUCUUCAUUCCAACUUUUACACUGUAUCUUCAGACUUCUUUUCGGCCAAAUUCCCUAUAUCGAAACAACUUGAUUUAUAUUCUGAAGAUUAGUGGUUUAUUUUUAUUUUGCAAAACAGAAGUUUUCUGUUCAAAUUUCUAACUUCUUUAUUGUAAUUAAAACUCUAUGAAAUGGACUUUUUUGCUAGCUUUGCUAUAGAAUUUUUAACAAUAUCUAUUAUAGCUCUCUGAUUUGAUGAUGUAUGUUUUUUUUGUUUUGUUUUUUUUAUUAUUGGUGAAAAUUUUGGUGGUUUGUCAAGCAUGGAACAAAAAGGAUGCUAUUCAGAGAAGUUAUGAAAUGAAUGAUAACUUUGUCUAUUGAUUUUAUUUUCAUGAUAAAUUAUCAACCCCUUGAAUAUAGUGGAACUAUAUAUCUCUUCAUGUCAAUGUUCACUAUAUUUGUUGAAUAAAGAGUUCUGGAAACAAUUCAACAAUGCACAAGUGCAUGUAUGUACAACAUUUGUGGAUAUGAUUUCAUGAAUAUUUUGUAUGUGUGCCAGUAUUGUCAAUUAAUAAAUAAUUCAAUUAUA